AAAGAGUUCCAACAAACCUUGGCUUGACACCAUCACACAACACUAUUGUAUCAUUAUAUAUUCUUCUCAUUCCAUUCAUUUCUUCCACAAUUACACCCAAACCCAAUCCUCUUCCUCUUCCCUCAAAUCAUAACACAUUUUCUCUCUUUCCCUUCUCUGUUCCGUUCCUUCUCGCGCGAUUUGCAUAUUCCGAAAUUGAGAACCCCACCCGCGCGAAAAUUGAAGGCAGAGAAGGGCAAAAGAUUUGAUCUUUCAAACGAGGAGUUUCUGGGGUGUCCGAAGAUGAGGCUAAACGGUGAAAUCUCAAGCGGAGAAGAAGAAGAAGAGGAGAAACAAACGGGAACGACGACGUUUUCGUCGCAGAAAGUGGUCGUUGGCUACGCUUUAACGUCCAAGAAAAAAAAGAGCUUUCUGCAGCCAAGUUUCACCGGUCUCGCACAGAACAGGGGGAUAAACUUUGUUGCUAUUGAUCUAAACAAGCCACUACCAGAACAAGGUCCUUUUGAUAUUAUCUUGCAUAAGUUGUCCGGGGAGGUUUGGCGUGAGAUUAUUGAGGAUUAUAGGGAAAAACAUCCAGAGGUAACUGUCCUUGAUCCUCCGGAUGCAAUCCAACAUUUACACAAUCGCCAAUCCAUGCUGCAAGAUGUGUUGGAUCUGAACUUAUCUGAUUGUCAUGGCAAGGUUGGUGUUCCACGUCAGCUAGUUAUCACAAAAGAGAAAGACCCCUCUAGUAUCCCUUAUGAAGUCACUAAGGCUGGGAUGAAGUUGCCAUUAGUUGCAAAACCGCUAGUUGUUGAUGGCACUGCAAAGUCACAUGAACUAUUUCUUGCUUAUGAUGAAUUCUCUCUUUCAGCGGUUGAACCUCCACUGGUUCUACAGGAGUUUGUCAAUCAUGGUGGUCUUCUCUUUAAGAUUUACAUUGUUGGGGAAACCAUAAAGGUUGUGAGGCGUUUCUCUCUUCCUAACAUCAGUAAGCGUGAACUAUCAAAAGUUGCUGGUGUAUUCCGUUUUCCAAGAGUUUCAUGUGCAGCCGCUUCUGCAGAUGAUGCUGAUCUAGAUCCUAAUAUCGCUGAACAUCCACCAAGACCUUUAUUGGAGAGGCUUGCAAGGGAGCUCCGUCAUAGAUUGGGACUCCACUUGUUCAACAUAGAUAUGAUUCGAGAAUAUGGAACCAAGGAUGUGUUUUACGUCAUCGACAUCAACUACUUUCCUGGAUAUGGAAAAAUGCCAGGCUAUGAGCACGUAUUUACAGAUUUUCUACUUAGCCUAGUGGAGAGUAAAUGUAGUAAUAAGAAACUUGCUGCCUAAACUAGAGCAGGUUAGUAGAUGCAUUGAACAGGGCUGUUCUUGCUGGUGGCUUUCUUAAAAAUUUAUGCAAAUUAGUAUGGAAUUUCAAUGAAGCCACCAAAAUGUUGAAAAAGGUCGAAAUAGGGUCUGUCUAAUUUCUCCCUCUCAAUAAUGAGCGAAAAUGCCUUUAUUGUAAGUUAUAAUAUAUGCUUAUAUCCAAAUCAAUGAAAGUUUUGGUGGUGCUAAAUAACUGCUAAGAUUUAAAUUUCA